CAGAAUGCAUUUAUUAAUAUAAUUCUGCAAGACCCUGCAUUCACUAUAUCUGGUCUCCCCGAACCCUGCAUUCACUAUAUCUGGUCUCCCAGGACCCCGCAUUCACUAUAUCUGGUCUCCUCGGACCCUGCAUUCGCUAUAUUCAGUCUCCCCGGACCCUGCAUUCACUAUAUCUGGUCUCCCGGGACCCUGCAUUCACUAUAUCUGGUCUCCUCGGACCCUGCAUUCGCUAUAUUCGGUCUCCCUGGACCCUGCAUUCACUAUGUCUGGUCUCCCAGGACCCUGCAUUCACUAUAUCUGGUCUCCUCGGACUCUGCAUUCGCUAUAUUCGGUCUCCCCGGACCCUGCAUUCACUAUGUCUGGUCUCCCAGGACCCUGCAUUCACUAUAUCUGGUCUCCCCGAACCCUGCAUUCACUAUAUCUGGUCUCCCCGGACCCUGCAUUCACUAUAUCUGGUCUCCCAGGACCCUGCAUUCACUAUAUCUGGUCUCCCCGGACCCUGCAUUCACUAUAUCUGGUCUC